CGCCGAUGCGCAGAGGGUUCGCGAGGACCGUUGGCGCGCCGUGAAGGAGACAUUUGCCAAGUGCUGGUCAGCGUACAAAGAGCACGCAUGGCUCUCAGACCAGCUAGCCCCUGUAUCGGGGGGCCGUCGCAACAGCUUCGGCGGCUGGGUGGCCACACUGGUCGACUCGCUCGACACCAUCUGGAUCAUAGGGAUGCGCACCGAAUUCCAUGAGGCCGUAGCUGCUGACGACAUGGCUGCACAGCAGAACUCGACAUCGCUACCUGGUCUCUGGCCGCUGGUCGUAGAUGCCCAGGCCAAGGUCUUCAACUCUGGGAUAAUUUUUACCCUCGGCGCCAUGGCAGACUCGGCGUAUGAGUACUUACCCAAAAUGUCGGCCUUGCUUGGGGGUCAGCUGCCGGUAUACCAGACUAUGUAUGAGGAGGCGAUGGCAACGGCCACGAAAUACAACCUGUUUCGGCCGAUGACGCUGACAAACGAGGAUAUCCUGGUCUCUGGUCAGGUGCACACGAAAAAAGAGAGCGGGAAAACGUCCGUCGAGCUGGAGCCACAGGGCCGCGUCUCGUUUGCUUCUUAGGUGGGCUGUUGGCGCUGGGCGGGAAACCCUUCGGCCCCGACGACGACAUGACCACCGCGAACAAGCUAGGCGAUUAGUGUGUGUGGACCUACAAGGCCUUCCCCCCACGGAAUUCCC